AUGCCCAACGCCCAGGUGCUGCUGCGCAUCCGCACGAACGACCAGGCCGCGCAGUGCGCCUUCUCCGCCAAGUUCGGCGCGGACUUGCGGGAGAUCCCGACGCUGCUGGCCACCGCGCGGCGGCUGAAUUUGGACAUCUACGGCGUCAGCUUCCACGUCGGCAGCGGCAACACCGACGUCGCGGCGUACUGCGGGGCCAUCCGCGACGCCCACGCCGUCUUCGAGCUCGCGGCGGCGGAGGGCUUCAACUGCACGAUGCUGGACAUCGGCGGCGGCUUCCCCGGGACCCUUCCGGGCGCCGACGACGCCCCGGCGCUGUCCUUCGAGGCCAUCGCCGCGGCCAUCGCGCCGCUGCUGACCGAGCUCUUCCCGAACACGACCAUCGUCAGCGAGCCCGGGCGCUUUUUUACCGCGGCCUCGCACCUGCUCGCGAUGAACGUCUUCGCGAUGCGGACGGUCCGGGUGCCCGGGGGGCUCCACGAGGCCCUCGCCGCGGCCGCCGAGACCGCCCUCCUCCUGCCCGACCCCGACGGCCUCGACGGCGACGCGAACAAACCCACCGCCCCGGGCGACGCGCUGGUGGAGUACCAAUACUACGUCAACGACGGCGUCUACGACAGCUUCAACUGCCUGCUGUUCGACCACGCCCACCCGAAACUCGUGCUGCUCGACGACGCCGACGGCGCGGACGCCGCGGGGGGCCUCCCGCCCGCCUAUCCCCACCCUUUCGGCCCCACCGCCGCCGCCGCUCUCGACAACAAAGACCGCCCCGACGACGACGACAACGACGAGUUUGGCGAGGCGCCGGCGUGGCCUUUCGCGGGCCUGCGCGACGCCGCGCUUCGCCGCCGCGCCUGCCCGCGGCGGCCGCUCCGCCUGACGACGAUCUUCGGCCCCACCUGCGAUUCCCUCGACUGCAUUUUGAAGCGCCGGCCCUUUCCCGAGAUGGGCAUCGGGGAUUGGGUGCUGGCGUUCGAUAUGGGGAGUUAUACCACCGCCGCGGGGUCCGCGUUUAACGGGUUCAAGACCCGCCAGAAGAUCUACGUGAGCUCGGCCAUCGUGUAG